CGAGGGGAUUUCCAGAGAAAUUCGACUGCAGAAGGUGUAAGCCAAUAUUGGGUUACACGGUUCUCGAUGGUAAAAUUUCGUGUAGUAUGGAUUGUCUGUGGCCCGCGAUCAUGUACAUAGAAUGCUUUCGGGACAUGUGCAGGCCAAAGACCAGUGAAACAAGAAAAUGCUAUUGUUACAAGAUUGGUAAUCCAUGCGAACUGUGACAUUGAAGAAGGCUGCGGCUUUAUGAGGGCUCUCGAGUCAACGCUUUUGUGUAACACAAAGAAAAAGAGGUAGCCAGCCACCUUUUGCACCACAUGCUGAAAGUCCGAUUCGGCUGCCACAAGCCAAACCAAGCUCUUGUGGCUAAAUGCCAUGAUGUACACUGACAAGCACGGAAGCACUUGCACAACACAUGCCAUCUAGAGCCAAUAUAAGAUGGGAAAGAAAUAAUUCUGCAGACACUCUCUGCAUCUAUGGUAUCAUUCUCGCAUACUCUUGUCGGACAACCAUGGUUUACUUAAUAUUAAUAAAAUAGAAUGCUAAUUUCUGCGUUCGGAUUGGAGAGGCCGAGAUAAUUGAGUAACUCACACAUGAGCUGUAAGACUAAAUAUUAUUGGGGCACGAAACACAAUAAAUGUAUUUAGGAAAGACAUUUCCGGACCUACACCGGAGCAGCUUGAUUUAUUUUUUAGUUUAAGAAACACUUUUGAAAUGUCCGAAUCACAGAAAACCCCAAAUGAGACUUUUCAUAAUGGUACUCGUGCAUCGAAAACACUAGCAAUCCUGGGAUGUGGUACGGAUCUACUCUAGGAAUGCCACUGGCUUCGAGCUAGAGCUCGAUAGUUAACUUCUAUUAGGUAGCCUUGGAACUGCUCUCUUGUGCGGAAUACUGACCAGCAUCGAAGAGAGCAAGAAAUCCAACUUAGCUCGUCCGGACUUAGAUCAAUCCCAUGUCCCAAGCAAUUUCAUAGCUUGUGUCCGGAGCGCCCCUUCUGCUGCACGCUUGGAAUGUGCACUUUCUGCUUUUGACACAGAAGUAGCUAUCUACCACGGCGAUCAACGUGCUCCUCUUCACGAAGCCGAUGUGAUAGUCCUAGCUUGUCAGCCCGGUGAUAUACGGAGUUGUCUAGCCACCACCAUCAUCAGAUCCCAGCUACAAGACAAGGUCCUCGUUAGCCUACUUGCGGGCGUCACAAUCCCAGAUAUAGAAUCCGUACUCCAGUCUGUAGGGGGUAAGAGCUACUAUCCUGCCACAAUUGCUCGAGCCAUGCCAAAUACCGCAUCAUUUGUCCGUGAGUCAAUCACUGUCGUCGAAGCUCCGGAAGCAACGUCAGCCCGCCAUCUACUUGCAAUUGACUGGCUGUUUGAAUCUAUCGGCAAGGUUAAACACAUUUCCCCUUCCAAUUUCGAUACAUGCACAGCAUUGGGUGCAUCAACUCCUGCAUUCUUCGCGGUUAUUCUCGAUGCCUUGAUUGACGGCGCUGUCACACUUGGGCUGACCAGAAAGGAUGCUACGUUCAUGGCAGCACAAUCUAUGAAAGGAUGUGCGGCGUUGGUGCUGGCUGGAGAACAUCCAGCUUCUGUAAAGGAGAACAUUACCACUCCAGGCGGUUCGACUAUUAGGGGCGUACUGGCGCUUGAACAAGGAAAUGUGAGAGCCGUUGUGGCAGGUGCUCUGAUUAAGUGCAAAGAAGCCGCAGAAGGAUUAGGAACUCAGGCAAGAAAUUAGGCUUAAGGUUGUAUGCUCCAUUAUUCAUAGCGUACGGCCAUUAUUUUUUUGGUUUUAUUCGAGUUUGGAAGUGUUUUUGGAGAGAUUCUAAUUU